GGAGAUGAAUAAGGUGAAUAAUGAUGCGGCUCAUCAAGCGGAAACCUCAGAAAGACGAUCGAUUUCAUCGCCGACAACGUCAACGUUUAUGCAGAGACCGAUCAAAACCGAAUCGCGAUCACUUGGUACAACUGAUCAAGAGUGCGCAAAUACAAGUCUCGAUAGUCCCCCAGGCUUAUCGCCAAUACCAAUUCAUACUGGUGCUUACAGCAUUGAUCGCUUCUUGAACGCUACUGAAUUUUACAGUGAUGAAACAGAGUGGAACAAAUGGCAGCAGAACGAAACAACUCAGAAACAGAAUUCUGUUGAUGCAAUGGCGCAGAAGUAUACGCAUGUCUAUUCGGAAGCAUUCUUACAGAAUGAAUCGAUUCCAGAGGUGCUGGGAUUGAUUUACGCAGAUCAAGGACGUGGACUGUUGCGAUACAGUUAUCGAAUGUGGUCACUGAAUCGCCUGGAAAUUGACCCAUUAAAAGAGGUGACCUGUCGUUUGAACUGGUCACUGGUGGUACCGUCAUGU